CUCUGAUAAGACAUGGAAGGGACGAGUACCUCGGAGUGAACGCCACAGUAAAGAAAGGAACGAGUGGAGGGGCAACAUUGCAUGGCGGCGGUGUGAAGUUCCAGGGAGCGUGGGCGGAGUGGCCCGUUGGCAGGCAGGGGGAGAAUCAGCUGUACCACUUUGCGAACUACAACUUCACUCUUGUGGCGACGGUGUCCAUCCACGGUGAGCCGAAGAGUGACAGUGUCCCUUUGAUGGGUGUGCGUGCAGGCAGUGACGGAGGAACGAAACUUAUGGAGUUGUCGUACGGCGGCGGAAAGAAGUGGCAGGCGCUGUGCUGUGACGGAACAACCGCGGAGCACGGCAGCACUUGGGAUCCAGAGACAACACACCAAGUGGCCAUUGUGCUACAGAACGGCACCCAGGGCUCCGUGUACGUCGAUGGUCAGCGUGUGUGUGAGAGUGUGCAAAGUAACUUUGAAAACACGGAAUCGAAAGGUAUCUCCCACUUCUACAUUGGAGGGGAUGGAGGCAAUGCAGAGAACACAGCGGGUGACGAAUAUGUGUCUGUGACUGUGACAAAUGUCCUGCUGUACAACCGCCCGUUGACGUUUACUGGUGGGAGUGCCGAUUUGGAAGAAGCAACGGGUGAUGGCGGCAUUGUGCGUGGGAGCGGACUGUUGCCAUUGCUGCUUCUGUUGGGACUGUGGGGGUUUGCGGCUCUGUGA